AUGUCGAACAUUCUCCGCCGUCUCCAGGGCGGAAACCUAGAAGUUGUCAAAUUCGGAAUGUACAUCCUCUUCCCAAUCGGCUGGAUGUAUUACUUCGGCACAAACCUCGAAGAACGUUUCUCCGUGCCGGGCUUCUGGCCCACGGCUGAACAAUCACAUAAAAUCCCGGAGACAAAGGAAGAUAUCGAUGCGGAGUUGUCGCGGAUGAGGACAUUGGAUGCGAUUCGGGUGAAGAAGAGGCAGCAGCAGCAGCAAGAAGAGGAGUUGAGGCAGAGGCAGGAGAUGUUGAGUGCUGCUCACGGGUCGGGGGAGGGGACGGCGUGA